UGCGCCAUAUUGGCUGGUUUACAUGGGGAGUGGAGUUGAGCGAGCGGCUUUAAAUAAAAACCCAGAUCAAUUUCUGGACAUGAAGCUCUUCGGGGAUAUCGAGUAAAAUUCGGCGCACUUGGCUUCAUCAGUUUACUCGAGUGAACCGCGUUCAGUUUGCCGAGCAGGUUGCGGUUUCCCCCCCACCGGCGAGGAGGUUCUCGGCAAACUCGAGUCCAAUGGAUCCCAGGACCGCUUGGAUCCAGCCGGAGCAGAAGGGACCUGCCAAUUCCCUGUGGAUGCACAUUUGGGAAACCUCUCAGGGAUUCGGGGUGAACUCCAUCGUCGACAACCACUUUCACCAACAGCGCAACUUGGCCGUGCACAACGCAAACUCCGCGGACUCCCGGGGCGAGUUCUACCCCGGAGCGGCGCCGCCGCCGCCGCUGCCCGGGGUCGCGUUCGGGAAGCUGGCGAAGCGAGACGGAGGCGGAGAGAGGGGAAGCGUCCGGAGGAAGGGCUCGCUGUCGCCGUCCUCCUCCUCGCUGGACUCGGAGGCCGAGAGCUCGUCGCCCUCCGGCUCGUCUCUGCAGAUCGACAAUCUGAACGUGAAUGAAGAGGCCAAGCAGUUCCUCCACUACGGCGAUCCGGGCGACGGCAGCGUCCGGCAGCAGUGCCCCCCUCCGCCUCCGCCUCCCCGCACCGCUCAGCAACACUGUCGCAGCAUGCAACAAUCCGGCGGCCACACCCCCACCGGGAUGAAAAAUCAGCAUGGGAACGGCAGGCAGCACCACUCCCCCGGCCGCAGGAGGCCACUGAGCCGGGCCAACACUUUCCACGGCGUCCCCCCGGCCCUGUCCCCGUCCCCGUCCCCGAGCCUGUCCUCCGGCUGCAGCGGCCACUGUGGAGACUCCUGCUGCUGCCUGUGGAGGACCAGGCGCUACAGUCCGGACAUCAACGGUCUUCAUGAAGAAAUAGUCGACUUUUUCAACUUCAUGUCGCCGCGGCCUGAGGAGGAGGCCAUGAGACGAGACGUUGUGAACAGAAUAGAGAGCGUCAUCAAGGACCUGUGGCCCACAGCCCGGGUGGAGAUAUUUGGCAGUUUCAGUACAGGACUUUAUCUUCCAACGAGUGACAUUGAUCUGGUGGUGUUUGGGAAGUGGAACCAUCCUCCUCUGCAGCAGCUGGAGCAAGCCCUGAGAAAACACAACGUGGCUGGGCCGUAUCCCAUUAAAGUCCUUGACAAAGCUACAGUGCCAAUCAUAAAGCUCACUGAUCAUCAAACGGAGGUGAAAGUCGACAUCAGCUUUAACGUGGAGACGGCGGUCAAAGCAGCACAGUUCAUCAAAAGCUACCUUAAAAAGUACACAGUUCUGUCACCUCUGAUCUUCGUUCUGAAGCAGUUCUUGCUGCAGAGGGACUUGAAUGAAGUCUUCACUGGAGGAAUCAGCUCAUACAGUCUGAUCCUGAUGGCCAUUAGCUUCCUGCAGUUACAUCCUCGGAUCGACACUCGACGUGCCAACAUCAACCUGGGCAUCCUGCUGAUAGAGUUUUUUGAACUGUAUGGCCGUGAUUUUAACUACAUGAAAACCGGGAUCCAGGUGAAGAAUGGGGGCGCCUACCUGUCCAAGCAGGACAUGAUGAAAGCCAUGAUGAAUGGAAACAGGCCCUCUAUGCUCUGCAUUGAAGAUCCCAUACAGCCAGGGAACGACGUCGGCAGGAGUUCUUAUGGAAUCCUCCAAGUGAAGCAAGUGUUUGACUUUGCCUACAUGGUGCUGAGUCAUGCUGUGUCCCCUCUUGCGCGUGCAUAUCCCAACAAAGACAACAAUGACAGUGCAUUAGGACGAAUCAUCAAAGUGAGCCCAGAGGUCCUGGCUUACAGAGACUGGACCAUAAAGAAGUGGGGAGCCAAGCAGUUUGCUAAGAUGGAUCAUAAUGACAUCGAGGCCUGUGAACAGGACCUCGCCAGGCUGAUGCUGGUGGAGGAUCAGAGGGACAGCUCCUCCCCCACCAGUGCAGAGUCGCAGUCGCCGUCUCCAGUCUUCCUGCCCAGUCCUCAGCACCAUUCAUCCUCAUCAUCCGCGUGCUCGCUGUGCUCCUCUUCUGGGAGUGAUGCUGAGUCCGAUUCUCCUCCAAACAACAGUACUGUUAUCCAGCUUCACCCCAUCACUCUGGCCUCGGUCCAUUCAGUGAUCCAGCUGGCUUCUGACCUGAGGGCCGCACAUCCAGCAGGCUUCAUCCAAACAUCGCCUCAGGUCCAGAUGUCUCUACCGGAAGGAGUCGCCGUCUCCUCGCUCCCCGACUGCCAGUUCUACCACGAGUCUCCUCCUUCCAUCGGUAUUGUGCACCGUCACACUUCACACGUCACUCAAGUCUCCCAGCACACCAACUCCACCAGCCCCGCCCCCAGCCCCCUCCACCAGCUCUACCACCCUCAGGUAGGAGGGCAGCACAGCCACGCCUACACCGUGACAUCCAUUUCAAACGGCUCUGCCGAGACGCACAAAUUUGGCUUCAAGCACAACCAAGGCGGCGGCGCGCACCACCAGAACCCCUCCCAGAGUACCUCCAGUCCCCAGCGAAGGUUCGCCCCCCAGGGCCACAACGUGGCGCCGGGCUUCAGGAACCACCAGCAGCAGUACAGCCGCAACACGUGGCGGCGCCGGAAAAGGGACAGUCUUCCCGCUGCCAACCAGACCAGAUGAAAUCUGACUGCUCGACCCGACCCGACCCGACCCGACCCGACCCAUCCCGGUUUGUUCCAGACCUCUCGCAGCCCCAUCCUGAAGGAUUAGACGAUCUCACGCUAGUUUUUCCCUAUGGCUGGUUUUUCAAAAACACGCCUAAAAAAGUGCUAGACUUCACAGGUCCAUUCAAGCAGUCUCUCAUCACAUGUAGGAAAACUGUGAAAGGCUUAAAAAUCUUGUUACAAUCCACCUGGAGUCAGAAACUUUCUCUGAAUUUGAUGCACACCAGCAGAGACUUGAGUUGACUGAGGAAUCGAUCUUCUCAUCAGUGGCACCUGCUGAUUGGCUGAUUGAUGAGUCCACUUUUCCACGCAGCUCGAGCAUCUUUUGAGCAUCACGUGCCAUAGCACCCAACCGGUUCAUCGAGUCCGACAUGUCUUGACGCUGACCGGGCCCGUAUUUUUAUAUUGAGGUUUGGGCUCAUUUGGUCUCCUGAACGAAACUCCUUUUAGCUCAAAUCUGGAUCCCAAAUUCUUAAAGCUUGGACUAUCGUCUUAAAAAUUGUAUUCCAGACUGAAGCAAAGCACUACCUUUCUACCUAUGCAGCGCAACGCUGACGAUGUUUCUGUGUGACGGCACAAAAGGACCUUGUCUCAAGUGCUUAAACUGUGAUGACUUGUUUGAAUGUAUUCAGCAUUUUCUUUUUUUUUGAGUGUUGGUCGUUACCUUUUGUUCCUUUCGUUUUUGUCACUGAGGGAUUUCUUUCUCCACAUUGGCACUAUAUUUUGUUCCGUACUGUAAACGUUGACACCUUAUUUUUUACUUUUGUUGCAUUGAUGUGCAAUAAUGACUGGCUUUUAUUUAAUUUAUUUCACUUUUGUUUUUUGUUUUUUUAGGGGUCUCCCCCCCUCUUGUUUUCCAAGACUAUACUGAUCUGUGCAAUAGAUGGAUUUAAGGGCCUAAAAGGAAUGUGUGUUUGCGUUGGAGUGUGUGUGUGUGUGUGUGAGUGUGAAUGCGUGUGCAGCUUUCAGACAGUAGAGAGAGCUGUGGUGUAACAUGAGAAAUGUGCCAAAAAUCCCACAAUGCCAACAUAAUACUCAUGUUUCAUUUUUAAGUGUAUUAUGAUCACUUGAAAGCUAUUUGCGAACUGCCUGUCCAAAUCUUUUUCCACCAGUAUUCUCAUUUCAUUUCAGACAUAUCACUCAGUAUUCGGUAGUUUUCCUUGGCUGUGUUUCCACAUGAUAGACCGGAGACUCUAUUGGGGGAAAUGCGCAUUUAGCUGUGUUUACUUGUGUCAUUUCAAAAACUGGUUGGUGCUACUUAUUACCAGCAACGUACUUGUUUUUUGCCUUAGAAUAUCCUUUUUAUUUUGUUAAAGCAACAGUUUAACUGCCUUCUGAAAUGACCAAAUCUGCCCCCCCUGGUUUCCUGUCCGUAGCCAGAGCUUCCUCCCUUCCUUUCAACAGGCACUGCCAGAGUUAUUUGGCUUUUAUUUCUCCGUAAAGCUUCUAGAUCGAGGCUCCAUUGCAGUCAGUGUUUGUUACCAUUAGCAUCAUCUCAUGUUUUGUUUUUUUUUUCUUUUUUCAUUUUUCCUCCAUUCAACAAUGGAUGAUUCUAAAUCAGUUGUUUAUACGGUCCUUAUAACUUUGAGGUAUUCCUAUGCCAUAUUAAGAGUCAGUUCAAGACAAGGUUUCACAGCAACAUAGUUUACACAUCAAUCCACGCAAGGCUUCUGAGCUCGAAACACUUUUUCCAAAACGUGUUUUAUAGAUUUCAGAAAGCCAACGUCUAGAAUUCAAUGUUAAGAUCCAAAAUUCAAGGCCUGAUUAUUGUGACCGCUUCUGCCCCGAAUAUAACACUCUACAUGUUUUUCUUACAGCGCAGCUUUUCAGCAGGUUGUUAAAUAACCGGUAGGCGGUCGGCUGUCGUUUCACUCCAGGCCCCCUCUCCUCAGCUCAUAUCUGUGUAAUUAGGUGGGUUGUAACGUGUAAACUGACUGACGUAUAGAUGUAUACCUUGUUUUUUAUGUAAGUUUUCUAUUUUUUUAAUAAAAGGUUUUAAAAC